GAACGUGGGUCACCGGGCUCGCGGAGUAUUCCUACGUGAGACGUUAUUGUAUACAGUUCGCAGAAGCCGCAUUGAUCGCUUCCGCUGACUACUACUUUUCGUCUUUGGAAAUCAACUUAAAAAACUCUUAAAAAUGCGUGAGUGUAUCUCAAUCCACGUUGGACAAGCUGGAGUCCAGAUCGGUAAUGCCUGCUGGGAGCUCUACUGCUUGGAGCAUGGUAUCCAGCCGGAUGGUCAGAUGCCAUCCGACAAAACUAUCGGUGGAGGCGACGACAGCUUUAACACAUUCUUCAGCGAAACUGGAGCUGGAAAACAUGUACCGCGAGCAGUAUUUAUUGACUUGGAACCUACUGUAGUUGAUGAGGUUCGUACGGGAACGUAUCGACAAUUGUUCCAUCCCGAACAGCUGAUAACCGGAAAAGAAGAUGCGGCGAAUAACUACGCCCGUGGACAUUACACGAUUGGCAAAGAGAUCGUUGACCUGGUACUCGAUCGUAUACGUAAAUUAGCCGACCAAUGCACGGGACUCCAAGGUUUCCUGAUCUUCCACUCGUUCGGCGGUGGCACCGGUUCAGGUUUCACCUCUCUUCUCAUGGAACGUCUCUCCGUUGAUUACGGAAAGAAAUCAAAAUUGGAAUUCGCCAUUUACCCCGCACCGCAAGUUUCAACCGCCGUUGUUGAGCCCUACAACUCCAUCCUGACGACGCACACGACCCUUGAACACUCCGACUGCGCUUUCAUGGUUGACAACGAGGCUAUCUACGAUAUUUGCCGUCGUAAUUUGGAUAUCGAGAGACCAACUUACACGAACCUCAACAGACUGAUUGGCCAAAUCGUAUCGUCGAUCACAGCCUCGCUCCGUUUCGACGGCGCCCUCAACGUCGAUCUCACCGAAUUCCAAACCAAUCUCGUACCUUACCCGCGUAUUCACUUCCCUCUGGUUACUUACGCUCCGGUUAUCUCCGCGGAGAAGGCCUAUCACGAGCAGCUCUCGGUCGCUGAGAUCACCAACGCUUGUUUCGAGCCUGCCAAUCAAAUGGUCAAGUGCGAUCCUCGCCACGGAAAAUAUAUGGCCUGUUGCAUGCUGUACCGCGGGGAUGUCGUGCCCAAGGACGUGAACGCCGCUAUCGCGACGAUCAAGACCAAGCGCACGAUCCAAUUUGUCGAUUGGUGUCCUACCGGAUUCAAAGUCGGUAUCAACUACCAGCCACCGACCGUUGUGCCAGGAGGCGAUCUCGCCAAGGUUCAACGUGCCGUUUGCAUGUUGUCGAACACCACGGCAAUCGCCGAGGCAUGGGCCCGUCUUGACCACAAGUUCGAUCUCAUGUACGCCAAACGUGCUUUCGUUCAUUGGUACGUCGGUGAGGGUAUGGAGGAAGGUGAAUUCUCCGAGGCCCGCGAGGAUCUCGCUGCUCUCGAGAAGGAUUACGAGGAAGUCGGCAUGGAUUCUGCUGAGGGCGAGGGCGAAGGCGCUGAAGAAUAUUAAAAAUGUACAGAGAUGAAAAAAAAAGCUAAUUAUCUCGUCGGUCUCCAUCGAAAACUCAAUUGUGAUCUCGCUUGUAAAUUUAUUUUAUUUUUUACAUUUAUCUCUACAAGUUUUGCUUUUUUUUAUGGAUCAUAGCUCCGCACAAAAGAAAGGAGGUCAAAAGAAAGAAAUAUGAAAUUUCGAUGGAAUAAAUACAUGAAUUUCACUGCAA